CAAUAAAGCUGGUGUAAAGUAAGUAGUGCAGCAACUCGACAGGUAACUCAUAGUGCAACGCCGAAAAGCCAAUUGAAAAGCCAACAUCAGCUGUGAAAAGAAGCCAAUUUACACAGCUACAAAUUUACCAACUUUUCACCGAGAACCCUAACAAUAGCGAUGGCCAGUGCCACACUGAAACGCGGCUUAGACCGGGAGUCGAUGAACCAGCGGCCCCCCAAGCGUAGGCGUUGCAAUCCCUUUGGCCAGUCGGCGGUCCCGUCGCGAGACCGCGAUGGACCCACCAUCUCUUCGGUGUUAGCGCAGACGCCCAGCAAUCGCUUCGCCAAAGACCGCUUUGAACCGAGCCCAUUCUCGGAGGCCGCGCUGGCCCAAAUGUCGCCUGACAAAAUGGCCAAAAAUUUGUGCAACGAAAUCAAAAGACUGCACAAAGGCAAGCAAUUGCCUAUCACGGCGGCCGCCAUUGAGCGCAUGCAGAACUCCGAGUCGAGCGGUUCGGAAAUGGGCUCGGACAGUCCACCGAACCUGAUGCGGCACUGCGAGAAGGCGUUGUUCACAUUCCAACAGGUGCAGCUCAUAUGCGAGGGCAUGAUCAAGGAGCGCGAGAAUCAGCUGCGCGAGCGCUACGAGUCCGUACUGACCACCAAACUGCACAAGCAGCACGAUGCCUUUGUGAAGUUCACGUACGACCAGAUACAGUGUCGUUACAAGGCAGCGCCCAGCUACUUGUCGUAGGGCACACCAACAAAAAAUGUAAUAAUAACAAUAGUUGCAACACCAUCUUAAGUGACGGUAGAUCUACCGCAACAACAGGAGUCCUCAUUAAAACUAAGUCAAGAAACAUGGGAAACUAAACAAGAAAACCAUAGCUUACAGGAAAACUACCAUACAAAUUGUAAAUUGUGUUU